AGUAAAAACGAUAGCAUUAUUGAAAAAUUAUAGAUAAAUUAUGGUGAGAAAAUAUCAAGAAAUAAUUCACACUUUAUAAAGAAAAUGAAUUCCAUUUUGUUGAUAAUUUUUAAAUGACAUUGAAUUAUUUUUGUGAUAUCGAUGACAACCAUGUCAUUGUUGAUAUGGAAACGGAAAUUGCCCGGCGUUCGUUCUUCGUUCAAUUGUUUUGUCGUCUUCUCUGUAUUUUCGUGCUGUUUGCCUGGUGCUUAGGUUAUCCAUUGUUUUGAUAUUGUGAAAUUUAGUUUAAAGUUGAAAUAAUCUUGCAAAUUUCGCUGUGCAUUUAGAAUUUAGCUUGAAGAUGUCAAUCGGAGUUCCUAUAAAAGUGUUACAUGAAGCCGAAGGGCAUAUUAUCACUUGUGAAACUAACACUGGUGAAAUUUACAGAGGGAAACUAAUAGAGGCGGAAGAUAAUAUGAAUUGUGAACUUUCAGGAACAAAAGUUACAUACCGCGAUGGCAGGACAGCUCUUUUAGAGCAUGUAUAUUUGAGAGGUUCAAAAAUAAGGUUCUUUAUAUUGCCAGACAUGCUAAAAAAUGCUCCUAUGUUCAAAAAACAAGCCAAGGGACAAGCAACUGGAAGCAGGGGCAAGUCGGCAAUCAUUAGAGCACAAGCUCGUGGCCGAGGUCGAGGUGGGACUUCCAGCUACAAAACUGGGUCUUUCGGCGGCAGAGGUGGAUGGCAGGGGCGGGGAGGGGGAGACGGACCUGGUUCUUCACGCCAAUGAGAGUUCAACCUUCCUCUUCCAACUCAAUUCAAAGGUUCAUAUAACGAAAUGAUAUUGGAUAAGUUAGUGUGAAUGGAUUUCAUAAUAGACACUGUGAACCUUCAUUUAUUUUCUAUUAUAUGUGACCAAUUUGAUUUUAUUAGUGUUUAAGUGUUGAGUAUAUUCGUGUUACUUUUCUAUCAUCUUCAACCGUGAUGAUUAUCGAUGAAUAAAUAUUUUUACUAGAACAAAUGAUUCAAUUUCAUGCAGCCUUAAAAAUGUAUAAAAACAUUUUUAUAAUAUCUCAUUUGGAGCUCUAGUUAAAUACUUGAAUAAAUGAGAACAUUUUAAAAUUUUUCUAUUUGUACAAAAAGUUUCCGUUAUGUAUAUUUUAUAGCUUUAACCGUUUGAUUAAAACUUGAUUAUUCUACUCGA